UUUGUCCGCACAAAGUUGUCCUCAUUUUUGAAGUCGUGGUCUGAAAUGAAUCCGUAGAUUCGAUGGAGGCUUCAACGAAAUUCCCACCCCAUGCAAACUGGGCGCGAUGAAAGCUGUGUGCAAUUGGCAAUUUCAAAAUUCUAUACUUUCUUGACGAUUUCUUAUUAAGUUUCCAACUGGAUCCAGAAGGCUACACGGCAAAGGAGAUUUUCCUCAUCGUUUCUGCUGUGCGCCUGGUCGGCGAUGGAUGCUAUAACAACUCCCCUGCUUUCUCUGCAAUCCAUAUUCCAAUCCUUUCUCCCUAUUGCAAUUCCUGCUACAAAAGCUUACUUAAAUGGCGGAAUUCCAAGAUUUCCUUCCAAUUAUGGCCGAGAAAUUGGGCGGAGCCGGUUUAAUGGCAGAGCUCUGUAAAGGGUUUCGUUCACUGGCGGAUCCACAGCGGGGUUUGAUCACCGUCGACAGUCUGAGGAAAAAUUCGGCGGUUUUAGGGGUUGAAUCUUUGACAGAUUCAGAAAUACAAGCGAUGGUGCAGCAGGGAGAUUUAGACGGCGACGGAGCCCUAAAUGAGCACGAAUUUUGCGUUCUGAUGGUUCGGCUUAGCCCCUCUUUCAUGGCGGAGGCCGACAAGUGGUUGCAGAAAGCACUCACCGAGGAAAUGGAAGAAGCGCUGAAAUAUUUGUGUAUACAUUGAUCUUGUAGAUUGUAUCUAAAUUCAUUUUUUCUUAAUACAGAGUUUACGGUGUUUUAACGCCUCUGCA